AUGAAAAGAUACAGGGAAGAGUUGUCUUCCGACGAAGAUGAUGAGCUUGUAGCUAAAGCAAUGGAGGAGUGGGAGAGAAACGGACAAGUGACAGGUACUGGUCCACUGUUGGAAUACACGUGGAGUUCCGACGAAGAUGAUGAGCUUCUAGCUAACGCAAUGGAGGAGUGGGAGAGAAAGGGACAAGUGACAGGUACUGGUCCCCUGUUGGAAUACACGUGGAGUUCCGACGAAGAUGAUGAGCUUCUACCUAACGCAAUGGAGGAGUGGGAGAGAAAGGGACAAGUGGGUGGAGGUGCUGCUGCUGCUUCUGCUGCUCCCCUGUUCGCGUUUCAGAUGGAUAUAGUUGGCCCUCGAAAAAAUUGGAAAAAUGUGGUCAACCAAACGCAGUUUCGCGCCCAACUGAAGCAACUAAGAGAUCCAAUCGACGGAGAUGAUAUUGGGGUGGAAAUAACGAACGCCUUACACGCAGCCAUCGAGGCAGAAUUGAGAAGGGAAAAAAGAAAUGCCAACGAUUUUGUCAAUUUCAGUAUUACAGCGCAAGGGUUCAACCACUCAUAUCAGAGUGUGAAUUUUACAGUGCAAGAAUUUUUAACAAAUUCGGUGCGUUUGCACGAAGUUUUGGAACAGUUGGCAGGAAAAUUAAAUAGUAACGAGUCCUUUCAGCACAAUCAGUCAUUUGAAGUCAAUGUCGUAAUGGUCAAGACACCGCAACGUGGUAGUGGAAAAAAAUACAGAAACCCGGGUCAGCGAUGUAUAGAUAAUGAGAACAAGAAAAAAAGAUGCAUCAUUCCUAUCAGAAAUGAUGACGAACUAUGUUGCCCCAGAGCAAUCGCGACCAUGAUUGCUCAUUGCAGACGAGAGGAGUCCAAUGAUGCCUCAUUUCAUUGGCGCUAUAUGAAAGAGGGAAAGGCGGUUCAAGAACAAGCCGCUCGUGAACUUUGCCAACAAGCUGGCGUAAAGCCAGGACCGUGUGGAUUGCAGGAACUGCAAAAGUUCCAAGACUAUUUGCAACCAGAGUAUCAGCUGUUAGUGAUGAAUAGGGCAAAUUCCUUUUUUCUGCUUUUUAAGGGUCCGCCUGCCUCAAAGAAAAUUUGCUUAAUACAGUCAGAUGAUCAUUACGAUGGCUGCACAUCGUUCUCAGCCUUUCAAAACAGGUCUUACUGGUGCUCUCUCUGUGAAAAGGGAUACAAUGUGAACGAUGCGAAGAACCACCCGUGUGAAGGUAGAUCAUGCCAUUCAUGUAACCGAACAGAUUGUACAGAUUAUAAAAGAAAUAGCCAACCCACCUUGAUCUGUGAUUGCUGCCAUUGUCGCUUUUAUGGAGCCAAUUGUUUUCAGCAUCACCUCCAAACUAAGCAAUGUCAGUCACACAAGACGUGUCUGAAAUGCUUUGCCGAAUAUAAUGUGAUAAAAGGCAAGCGUCAUCGGUGUAGGUUUGCCGCUUGCCCAUCUUGCAAGCAAGUGGUGGACAUACAAAAUCACAAGUGCUUUAUACAGCCUCACGUAGAGAAAGAAUCCCAACCCAAAAUGGAUAAAGAAGGGAACGAAAAACAGCCACUACCUCCACCCUUAUUCGUAUGGGCAGAUAUAGAGGCCAUGCAAUUGCCCAACCGAGAAUUUCAGCCAAACAUGUUGUGCUACAGGACCAGUGAAAUGGAGAACAUUGUCACCCACAAAGGGAAGGAUUGUGUUUGUACGUUUCUGCAUGACUUGGACGAAGCCACGGACAUACCAAAUGAUGACCGUGAUAGACCAAUCAUUAUCAUUUUCCAUAACCUCAAGGGGUUUGACGGUGUAUUUCUUAUCAAUGAACUGUACAAACAAAAGCGUACCGUCGAAAAUCAGUUAACCACCGGUUGCAAAGUGCUGGCAUUUCAGAGCGGGUCCCUUAUGUUCAAAGACUCCUUGUGUUUUCUACCAUUUCCGCUAGCUGACUUUCCGACCACUUUUAACUUAACCGAGUUAAAGAAAGGAUUUUUUCCCCAUCAAUUUAAUUUGCCCCAUCAUAAAGAGUAUGUGGGCCAAAUACCCAGCAUAGAGUUUUUCGACCCUGAAGGAAUGUCUGACAAGAAAAAGAAUGAGCUAGAACGUUGGCAUGAGGAGCAAGUGAAACGUGCAGUGCAAUAUGACUUUGCAAAAGAAAUGGAAGAGUAUUGUCGCUCUGAUGUUGCGCUCCUGCAAGCAGGCUGCCAAGCCUUUGCAAAAGAAUUUGAGAGUAACGCAGGGUUCAACCCCUUUGAAAAAUGUGUCACCAUUGCGUCAGCCUGUCAUCUCUACUGGCGCAAGCAUUGUUUAGAAGAAAAAACGAUAGCAAUAGAGCCGUUGAGAGGGUGGCGGGGGGCCAAUGUCAACAAUUCCACAAAAGCAUUACAGUGGCUUUACUAUGAGGAAGAUCGUAUCCCAAACAAAGGUGCCAGUGCAGAUCAUAUUAAACAUGUGCGAAAUGGAGGGGAACAGUGUGUCACGACGUCCACAGAUUCCUACUUUGUAGACGGAUUCAAUCCUGCAACCAACACCGUUUAUGAGUUCAAUGGCUGUUUUUGGCACGGCUGCAGGACCUGCUAUAGCAACAAUCGACACUGUAAGCAUGCCACCAAUCCCGACCGAACAAUGGAGGAAUUGUUCAGAGCCACUAUGGCUAAGGAAGAAGCACUCAGAACAGCAGGCUAUAAAGUGAAUGUGAUGUGGGAAUGUCAGUGGGAUGAAUUAUGCAAGACCAAUCCUUUUGUCAAGAACUUCGUAUCCACGCUGUCUUUGGUGGAACCUCUGCAACCUCGACAAGCGUUCUUUGGGGGCAGGACUGGCGCGGUAGCGCUCCAUGCUGUGGCAGAGGAGGGGGAGGAAAUACGCUAUGUUGAUGUGACCUCCCUCUACCCGUGGGUGAAUAAAAAUGCCACUUACCCCAUAGGUCAUCCCUCGAUCUUCACCAACCCGCGCAGUCAAGACAUCGAAGAUUAUUUUGGGCUGGCAACCAUAGAUAUUGUACCACCCGCGGAUUUAUUCCACCCAGUGUUGCCCGUCAGAAGUAACAAAAAACUAACCUUCCCUCUAUGUUCCACCUGUGUAAAGAUUGAACAAUCUAAUGCUAUGCUGUUGAGAAGUAGUAGUUGUUCUCACACACCCGAAGAAAGAACAUUAAGAGGGACAUGGACAACGCCGGAAAUCCAGAAAGCGGUUGCAAAGGGCUACAAAGUAGUCAAAAUUUAUGAAGUGUGGCAUUUUCCAAAACACCAGCGACGAGAGGGAUUGUUUGCACAAUAUGUAAACACAUUUCUAAAGCUGAAACAAGAGGCCAGCGGUUGGCCUAACGAAGUAGGAGAUGACGCUGAAAAACGUCAAGAUUACAUUGCCAAUUAUCUCCGACAUGAGAACAUUCAAUUAGACCCGGAGAAGAUUGAGAAAAAUCCAGGCAAACGAUCCACCGCAAAAUUGACGAUGAAUUCAUUUUGGGGCAAAUUUGGCGAAAGGCCAAAUAAGCCAAAGACCGUCACAAUAACUCAACCGUCGCAGCUGUACCCCUAUUUGUUCAUGCACAAUUUUUCAUUGCACAAUCUGCGCAUCUGCACUGAUGAUGUACUCGAAGCCGUAUUUACUGAAGUGCAAGAAAAUGUAGUGCCAAGCAACAAAACAAACAUUUUCAUCGCAUCGUUUACGACUGCUUGGGCCAGACUCAAACUGUACGAAGCCUUGGACGUACUGCAAGAGAGAGUAUUAUAUUACGACACGGACUCAGUAAUAUAUAGGUGGAAACCUGGACAGCCCUCUAUUCCUACAGGAGACUACUUGGGCCAAAUGACGGAUGAGUUACAAGGGGACUUUAUUACCGAGUUUAUAUCCCGGGGCGCAAAGAACUAUGGGUACAGAACUAAAGAAGGCAAAAGUGAAUGCAAAGUCAGAGGGUUCACCCUGAAUGUGAGAGGAAAAGAGGCCCUCAAUUUCAACACAAUGAAAAAAAACAUUCUAAGCGAACUUAACGAUCCACAGGAAGAAAGACGUGUUAUCAAAGUAACCAAUCCAAACCAUUUCAAAAGAGACACCACGCACAAGUCAAUCAAGCUUGUAAACCAAGUAAAGCAAUAUGGACUGGUAUUUGACAAGCGGGUGAUUGACCCGAAAACUAAAAUUAGCUACCCCUUUGGGUACAGAGUGUUAACUGAACCCGAUAAACAGUGA